AAGUGUUCCGCUAGACGCGAAAAAAAAACUCGCUUUUUUAUUUUUUUUUAUCGCGACUGACAUUCUUUUUCUUUUUUCUUUUCUUUUCUUCUAAAAAAUCAUUUAUUUUAUUCAUUCACUUAUAUUAUGACAGGAUCAUCGACUCAACAUGAAGAAUAUCAAUACCUCCAACUGAUUGAACGCAUCAUGGAACAUGGAGAACACCGAGCGGAUCGAACGGGUACAGGCACAGUAGCUAUGUUUGCUCCACCUCAACUUCGAUUUUCAUUAGAAAACGACAUUUUACCUCUUUUGACAACCAAACGUGUAUUUUAUAGAGCAGUAUUAGAAGAAUUGUUAUGGUUUAUUCGUGCAGAUACCAACAGUAACCAUCUUAGUGAACGAGGUAUCAAGAUUUGGGAUGGUAAUGGUUCAAGAGAAUAUUUGGACAAGAUUGGACUUGGUCAUAGAAAACAAGGUGAUUUGGGUCCUGUCUAUGGCUUCCAAUGGCGACAUUUUGGUGCUGAAUAUAUUGAUUGUGAUACUGAUUAUACUGGUCAAGGUGUAGAUCAAUUACAAGCUGUUAUCAAUACUAUCAAGAACAAUCCAACUGAUCGUCGUAUUAUAUUAUCUGCAUGGAAUCCUGCUGAUAUACCAAAAAUGGCUUUACCACCUUGUCAUGCUUUUUGUCAAUUCUAUGUAUCAUCACCAAAAGAUGGAGAACGUGCAAAACUCUCUUGUGUAUUAUAUCAACGAUCAUGUGAUAUGGGUCUAGGUGUACCAUUCAAUAUUGCAUCUUAUGCUUUAUUGACAAGAAUGAUUGCUCAUGUCACCAAAUUGGAACCUGGAGAAUUUAUUCAUACCAUGGGUGAUACUCAUGUCUAUGUGGAUCAUUUGGAUGCUCUUAAGGAACAAUUGACUCGUGAACCAAGACCUUUCCCUACUUUGACUUUUGCUAGACAAAUUGAUUCUAUUGAUGAUUUUAAAUAUGAAGACUUUAUUUUACAUGAUUAUCAUCCUCAUGGCAAAUUAGAUAUGAAGAUGUCUGUAUAGUUUUGAUUCAACCCCGCCUUCUUUUUUCAAUAAAUAUUUUCAUUUUUUUCAUUUUUU